UGAUCUUUGCCUGGCUCCGGCUUGUGGAGGGAGGGGCUCGAGUUACAGCAUUUCCACCCCCCCUUCCCUGGCCAGAGCUGGCCCUUCCCCGCCCCUUGGUGACCCUUGUGGCCAGUAGCUCUGAGCUUCAGGGCCUCUGGCCCCUCCCCAGCCCUCCUUUCUCUCCCCUUGGUGCUGCCCAAGGCUGGGAAGCCACCCCACCCCCAGUGGUUGGGAGAGGGGCCAGGCUGAGGAGAGUGAGGCAGCUCCGUGGAUAGAUAGGCUCUGAGAGCUCUUGGCCCUAGAUCCUGCCAUUUGAGGGUGCAAGGAGGGAGCAUCUGCUGUAAACCCCAGACUUGGGGGUGGGGGGCUAAAGCAGGAACUGAGCCAUCCGAGGAAAGGGAGGACCAUCCAAGGCUGGGGCAGCCGUCCAAGACCUGAGGGUGGAUGCCUGCAGGGAGUCCCAGGUCUGUGGGGUCUGAGGGGCCAGCAGCCAUAUCUCCCGACCCCCUGCCCCGGGGUCCCCAUGCCCUCCCCGCAGCUGCUCCUGCCUCUGCUGCUCAUCACCGGCAUCACCGGGCCCGCCUCGGUGGCCGGGCCGCUGCCAGAGCCUGGGAGCCACCCUGGUGUGUGCCCCAACCAGCUCAGCCCCCACCUGUGGGUAGACGCCCAGAGCACCUGUGAGCGCCAGUGCACCGGGGACCAGGACUGCGUGGCUUCUGAGAAGUGCUGUACCAAUGUGUGUGGGCUGCAGAGCUGCGUGGCUGCCCGCUUCCCUGACGGUGGCCUCAUGGCAUCUGCGGCGGCGCGGGUGGCAGCCUCCUGCGAGGGCUUCCAGUGCCCACAGCAGGGUGCUGACUGUGACAUCUGGGGUGGGCAGCCCGUGUGCCGCUGCCGAGACCGCUGCGAGAAGGACCCCAGCUUCACCUGCGCCUCGGACGGCCUCACCUACUACAACCGCUGCUACAUGGAUGCCGAGGCCUGCCUCCACGGCCUCCGCCUGCACGUGGUGCCCUGCAAGCACGUCCUCAGCUGGCCGCCCAGCAGCCCAGGCCCACCCGGGACCACCGCCCGCCCAACUCCUGAGGCCACCCUGAUGCCACCUGCCCUGUACAGCAGUCCUUUACCACAGGUGGUGCACGUGGGAGGCACGGCCAGCCUCCUCUGUGAUGUCAGCGGCCAGCCUCCGCCCACGGUGACCUGGGAGAAGCAGAGCCACCAGCGGGAGAACCUCAUCAUGCACCCUGACCAGAUGUACGGCAACGUCGUGGUCACCAGCAUAGGGCAGCUGGUUCUCUACAACGCCCAGCCGGAGGAUGCCGGCCUGUAUACCUGCACCGCACGCAACGCGGCCGGGCUGCUGCGUGCCAACUUUCCCCUCUCUGUGGUGCAGCGUGCGCUGGCCAGGGACCGGGCUCCGGGAGUUCCAGCCCCGGCCCAGUGCCUGCCCGACACGCAGACCUGCGCCAGCCUCUCCGUGCCCCACCGCGUCCUCUGGCACUUUGACCCUCUGAGGGGCAGCUGCAUGACCUUCCCGGUCCUCGAAUGCGACGGAGCCAUGCAGGGCUUUGAGACGUAUGAGGCCUGCCAGCAGGCCUGUGCCCGCAGCCCUGGAGACACCUGCCUGCUGCCCGCCGUGCAGGGGCCAUGCCAGGGCUGGGAACCACGCUGGGCCUACAGUCCACUGCUGCAGCAGUGUCACCCCUUCAUGUAUAGUGGGUGUGAGGGCAACAGCAACAACUUUGAGAGCCGGGAGAGCUGUGAGGAAGCCUGCCCGGUGCCACGCAGGCCGCCUUGCAGGGCCUGUCGCCUCCAGAGCAAGCUGGCUCUGAGCCUGUGCCGCAGUGACUUUGCCAUCGUGGGGCGGCUCACGGAGGUGCUGGAGGAGCCUGAGGCCACAGGGGGUGUCGCCCGCGUGGCCCUCGACGAUGUGCUCAAGGAUGACAAGAUGGGUCUCAAGUUCCUGGGCACCAGGUACCUGGAGGUGACCCUGAAUGGUAUGGACUGGUCCUGCCCCUGUCCCAAUGUGACCGUGGGUGAUGGGCCGCUGGUUAUUAUGGGUGAGGUGCGUGAUGGUGUGGCUGUCCUGGAUGCUGGCAGCUAUGUCCGUGCUGCCAGUGAGAAGCGUAUCAAGAAGAUCAUGGAGCUGCUGGAGAAGAGGACCUGUGAUCUGCUCAAUCGCUUCCAAGACUAGCCUCGCUUGCCAGCCUUACUCUUUUCCUUCUUCCUACUGAAU